AUGCAGAGAGGAAAAGUAUGAUUAUUACAGCCUGCCAAAAACCUCCGUUGUGAUAGCUUUUUAUAAUGAGGCUUGGUCAACGCUUCUGCGAACUGUUCAUAGUGUUCUUGAGACAUCUCCAGAUAUACUUUUGGAAGAAAUUAUCCUUGUAGAUGAUUACAGUGAUAAAGAACAUUUAAAGGAGACUUUGGAAAACUACGUGGCUGGCUUACGCAAGGUGCGUCUUAUCCGUGCAAAUAAGCGAGAGGGGCUGGUUCGAGCCCGGCUGCUGGGAGCGUCUGUGGCGAAAGGUGACAUCCUGACGUUCCUCGACUGCCACUGCGAAUGCCACGAGGGCUGGCUGGAGCCACUGCUGGCAAGGAUUGCGGAAGAAGAAUCAGCUGUCGUCUGCCCUGUUAUUGAUGUUAUUGACUGGAAUACAUUUGAGUACUUGGGAAAUGCUGGUGAGCCACAGAUUGGCGGAUUUGACUGGAGGCUGGUCUUCACUUGGCAUAGUACCCCUGAAAGAGAACAAAAACGGCGGAAGUCCAAGACUGAUGUGAUCAGGUCUCCAACCAUGGCAGGUGGAUUGUUUUCUGUGAGCAAGAAGUAUUUUGAUUAUCUUGGUUCAUAUGACACAGGAAUGGAAGUCUGGGGAGGAGAAAACCUUGAAUUCUCGUUUAGGAUAUGGCAGUGUGGAGGAAGUCUUGAGAUCCACCCUUGCUCACACGUAGGUCACGUUUUCCCUAAACAAGCUCCGUACUCACGGUCCAAAGCUUUGGCAAAUAGUGUGCGUGCAGCUGAAGUGUGGAUGGAUGAAUAUAAAGAGCUUUAUUACCACCGAAACCCACACGCUCGCCUGGAACCAUAUGGAGAUGUGACAGAAAGGAGAGUCCUUCGAGAGAAGCUGAAAUGUAAGGACUUCAAAUGGUUCUUGGAGAAUGUGUACCCAGAGCUUCACGUACCUGAGGACAGACCCGGCUUCUUUGGAAUGCUGAAGAAUAGAGGAAUGGCAAACUUCUGUUUUGAUUAUAACCCUAUAAAUGAAAAUCAAGUUACUGGACACAGGAUCAUACUGUACCCAUGUCAUGGCAUGGGACAAAAUCAGUUUUUUGAGUACACAUCCCAUAAUGAAAUACGUUACAACACCCGACAGCCAGAAGUCUGUGCAGCAGUUGAUUCAGGGACCGACUACUUGACAAUGUACUUGUGUCAAGAAAACGUCCACAGUAUACCUGAAAACCAGAAGUUUGUUUUCAGAGAGGAUGGUACUUUGUUCCAUGUACACACCCAGAAGUGUGUACAAGCUGAGUCAAACGCUUACAAUGGUAACCCAGCACCAUUAUUACGACCGUGUACCGGCUCAGACUACCAAAAAUGGUUCUUCAAAGAAAGAAGUUGA